AAGCUGUUUUGCGAGAUCAAAGUGAUAAACGCUAUCAUCUAUACAAAAACACUCAAAGUGCAGUCACCGGCAGUGAUUACCAUGCAAGCGCCAGUGAGCCAAAAGAGCAACAUCAUCAUCAAGUCCAAGAACAAUUUUAUCGGUUCCAUCACCAAGUCCAAGAACAUUCGAAAGUUUAAGCCCAAGUCGUCGAUGGUGAAGUUUAUGUGUACUGUCGGUGGAAAGCGUAAUAUUUGUAUGGUGGGUACGAGAACUAUUAUUGGUACGAUGACGAUGGGUCACCCUUUGCAGCAUCGUGAGCAGUAUCUCGUCGGCGUCGUCAAUUCAAUGUUGGGGGGCCAAAACUCUCAGCUCAUUGAUUGGUGAAGCUUAAGCUUUUAAAAUUUCUAUAAAACUCAACGGAGAACACAUUUCUGUAUCAAAAUGGCACAGACAGCCGGAAACGAAAGCGAAUGUCGCACAUGGCGAGAACCCCAGGUUUACAACGACAUACAACAAUCACCAGUAUCAGCAGCAGCAGCAGCAGCAGCAGCAACAGCAGCAGCACCAGUACCAGCAGCUAGACAACUUCGAACAAUCAGAAAUCCAGCCGAUCAGCAACUACAACUGCAGCUGGACGAGUCCGACCUGGAAUCGGCAGCCGUACAGGUCGCAACAGACUACUUCAACGCACCCGACGAUCAGUGGUGUGUUCGGAGAGGUUGGGUGCAAACCGACGCUGAAGGUAGAGAAUAUGUCACCGUCUCCUCCGCCUCUCCGGUGGUCAUCCUGCAGUAUGUUCAUGGUCGCUCCAGAAGCCUGGCCGGAUGGCAUCAACAACAUAAGCGAUACAACAGGUGAACAACUCAAUACACCUAGACCGGAAGACGUCUGCGGAUUUGAGAAUGGAAGUUUCGGAGGGUUUGUACCAUCCGACAACAACCCCAGCAAUGUUAUUAGUAAGAACAACAUCAACAGCAGCAGCAGCAUCAUCAUGAUGAACGAAGAGGAUCACAGUAACAGUAACAACAGCAGCAGCAUGUACGGUAGCAAGAAGGAACAACUAUUCGAUUUUAAGACCAGUCCGAUGACCCCACCAUCACUAACUUUGGACGAAGCAUUCUUUACGGCACCGUUAAACUCCUCAUGGCAGUUCGAACCCUGCCCGGAGGAGACAAUGCUUAGUCCCGAGAUUAGCUACUUGACGCCACACCAGAGUCCUGGUGUCGCGUCCCCCGGCAGCAGUUCGGGCGCUGCGGAAUACCGCGAAGCAGAUGAAUUUGAAACUUGUGUCGAUUUCAGUAAAAUCAUAUUCACCCCCAACACCGACGCGGUUGAGGGCAGCACCGCGCUGUCCGACGAAAUCGAACAACUUUCGGAAUCAUACUACUACAAAGCGAACAACCUUGUCUCCGUCAACAAUUACACCAACGACGGAGAUAGUUCCUUAUCGCCCAGCUUCCUGAAGGUACUUCAGGAACAAUCACCUACUGCCUGCGACGAAACACCACUAUCAGUCGCCGCGAAUGGUACCGUGUUUGAAACACACCCUUCUAUUGCUACCAUACUCCAAAGUGAUGCUGACAACGAUGAUGAAGAUGAUAGUGAGCUGGAGAAGCCAGUAAAAGAUGCAUCGGAGACAAUUGCUUGGACGCAAGAAGCACUGCAGAAUGUCUCCAGUAAAGAUGAUACUCUAGAAUUAAAAACGCAAACUCAACUAGAACACAACUACUAUACGAUUAAGCUACCACUUGAUGGGGACACCCAAGGUCACAAUCUAACAACACGUAAUACGGUGAAGGAACCUUUGAAACCUAGAGAGACAACACCAAGCGUUAAACGGCAGCUCUUCGAGAGAAUGGCGCCAUGGCCCAAGCUAAAACUCAACACGUCAACCGAGGCCGAUACCAUCGCCACCCCACACCUAAACGGCAUCCUCAACACCCCAGACAUUACGAACCAAGUGUUCGAACUCGAAGCAGAUGCCAGAUUCGACCUUCUCACCUACAUCGAUUCGAACUUCGACUACGAUGAUAUCGUGCCAACCUCCCCGGUCGAGGAGAAACCCAAGAUUCUGGCUCCAGCUGAACCCGCUCCACCAUCACGGUCCAUCUGUGCCACCACACUGAGCGAUCUAUUCAACCCGGCCAAGCGCAAGCUGCCGAUGAUUACGAUCGACAACAUUGACGAGCUGACUGCAUCGACUAAUGCCAAGAAAUCGCGCUACGCAACCUCGUCGACAGCCUCGUCGCUCUGCGGAGACAAUGCCUCGGAUACGUCAUCGACUCCGCACGCCCAAAAGCGUCGUGGUCGACCUCCAAAGCAGGAUAGUACUAUACGGGACCGGUCCGAAUACCAGCACCUGAACGAAGAUGACCUACGCUAUCGGGAGCAACGGGACAAGAACAACGAGGCAUCCCGGCGGUCACGGCUCAACAGGCGGGACCGCGAACUACGGCUGGAGCAUGAGGCAGAUGAACUGAAGCGGCAGUACGAGGAGCUGAAGGGCGAAGAGCGCACUCUGAUUCAGGACUGUGGUCGAUGGCGCAAGGCAGUCAUGCGGUUGGCGCUGUUGUAAAAUAAAUGUCUCUCUGGAGUAAAACAUAAUUUGUAUAAUUUUACGCCUGGCGAGAAAGAAUGUUAUAUUUUUUAUCAGUAACAUAAUUACAAUUAUAAAUGCAAAAAAAAAUUAAAAAAAAAUUAAAUAAUUAAUGAAAAAAAAA